GGAGUACGAUACGUCAAUAAGAAAUACCAUAGACCAUCCAAUUUUCAAUAGGACGAAAAUUUUAUUAUUGUGAAAAUAAAUGUAACAACAUUUACUUUCUAAACGUUUACUUCAAUCAUAGGAUUAGUUUCUUUAACUAAAGUAAUUUGACUGGUUACAUUUUGUUAUUACAUUUUUGAACCAACUGACAAAAGGUUUGCAAAGUGCGUGUAUCCGAACAAGAUUCAAUGAAAAAAAAAACAACAUUGUAGUUUCACGUUUUCCCAUUGUACAUUGCGUAUUUUAUGAUAGCAAAGAAACAUUAGCUAAUACAAAAAACGUAAUUGGUUUCAAAAAUUUAAAAAGUCGCUCUAAUUUGAUGCGAAGUGGAAAUAGUAGAAAAAAAUAUUCAAUAUGGCUACAGAUCAUACGACGUGAGCUGUCAGCUGUAAUAAUUUUUGUUUCUUUGUGUUUAUUACGCCUUUAAAAAUGUUAUGAUCGUUACGUACACGCGAAUAUGGGUGCGAAAGACUCGAAACCAUCUUUUAUAUCUUACGAGGAUGCAGUGAAACGAGUGUCUGAUAGUGAGUUGAGACGUAUACGUGAAGCGUUCAAGAGAUGUGCCGGUGCAAAUGGAACGGCCUUGAGCUUAGAGGCUUUUGUCCAUGAAGUGCUUUGUGAUGGAGUUCCCUGCGAGGUGGCCGAGUGGCUGUACCAGGCUUGUGGCGGCACCAAGAGAGGCAUCGCCUUCAGGGAGCUGCUGUGCGGGAUCGUGGUCCUCACUAAGGGCAACAUCGAGGAGAAAAUAAAGUUUCUAUGGACACUAUAUGUGAACAACCAAGGAGACAAUGGCACAUACAUAUACAAGAGAGAUUUCGCGCGAACUCUCCACCUGGAAUAUAGUUCACUGCCCUACACUGGGGCACAAAGAAAUGCAGAAAUACUUUUGAGCCUUUUUGGCCCAGCAGAAAAGGUCACUUUCGACCAAUUCCGGUCAUGGCUAUUGAUACACAAAGAUGCGACAGUGCUGUCCAAAUGGCUAUUGUCCGAAGUCAAUGUGGCCCAGGAUCUGGAGACCCCCACAUUCUACCAGAGCCUGGCAGGAGUCACACAUUUGGAGGAGCGGGAUAUAAUAGAGCUAGAGAAAUGCUUCUGGACGCUAAGGAAUGCUGCACCAACGGGGCAGUUGGAUGCAGAAAGCCUGUCGCCUCUCCUGUCGCCGCCGCUCCCUGCAGCAGCCGUGGCGGGAGCGUUCCUCGCCUUCGAUGAGAACAGGGAUGGCCAUGUGGACUUCAAGGAGCUGUGCUGCGGCCUCAGCGCGGCCUGCAGAGGACCACGGACUGAGAGACUUAAAUUUUGCUUCAAAAUCUUCGACCUGGACAGCGAUGGAGUGCUCAACAAGAAGGAACUCAUCGACAUGGUGGGGAUCCUCUGCACCGUUGCCAACGAGAGCCUCAAGAACCAGAACUCCAGAGCUUCUACACCUUCAGACAGCAAUGACUCCGAGGGCACGGAGAAAGGGUUCGACCCUGAAGUGAUCCUGGUCAACUUGAGAGAGAAGCUGGUCACUGUGCCCAGGAAUGGGAGGAAACCGGUGUUCCAGUUGGGACCUAAUGGUGAUAAGGAGGAGAUUAUCGUUUUAAAAGAGCAACAGGAAAAAGACCAGACACAGACAGAAGAAGAAGUAGAGAAUGAAGGUCUGAUAGCGAAUGACAUGGCGCUGACCCUGGAGGACUUCCUGAUAUGGAGCGUGGAGAGCGCGGAGACGCUGGUCACUCCCUUCCUGGACCUGCUGUUCGAGGUCUGCCAUAUCGUGCUGGGGCUCAGGCCGCAGUGCAAACACCAGGAGAGGGAUAUUGUGCUGGGCUGGCUGAGACGUGCAGUUCAACGGGGGUACGCAGUGGGUCAGUUCUGGUACCUGGUGGGCGCGGAGUGGUGGGGCAACUGGCUCGCCUACACGUCGGCCUCCAGCACCGACAACUGCUGCCGCCCGCCGCACCGACACAUCGACGAGGCUAUCGUCUGCGAUGAGAGCUUUACCAGUAACUCCACUGAAUCGAUGGGCUCCCUCCUAUGGCGAGCAGAGACAGGGUCGCUAGGCAGCGGGGGCAGCAGUAGCGGCGUGAGCAGCGCGGCGGUGGCCCGCGCACAGCGCCACCCCGGGCCCGUGCACAACAAGCGCCUGCUGGCCCCCGCGCCCACCGCCGUGCGCACCCUCACGGGGGAGGGGGGACACCUCCGCCGGGACGUCACGCUCGCACAGCAUCACGACUUCGAACUCGUACCCGAUGCACUCUGGAGGGCACUCGCGCUCUGGUAUGGAGGGCCUGAUCCGUUGCCGCGACAGGUGAUCCGGCCCCCGAAUUCUGAUGUGGAGUUGGAGUUGUAUCCUCUACACUUGAAGAUAUUGCGGCAUGUCCAGAGCCCUCAGAGAAUGGCCCCCGGCGGUGUUGCGGGUGCGGGUGGUGCGGCGCUAUACAGCGGCGUUGCCCCGGCGCCGCCUGAACGACAACUCGCUUACACUGCCGCAUUCUCACGACUGGCUACUGUCAAGCAGGUAUGCGAGUUCCUGUGCGCGGCGCUGGGUCUGGCCCGCGAGGACGUGCGGCUGUGGCUGGUGGCGGGCGGCGCGGCGGGCGGCGGAGUGCUGCUGGAUGACGAGCGGCCCACGCUGGCCGCGCUCGGCCUCGACGACCGCGCCAGGCUGCUGCUGGAGCUCCGGAACCCGGACCUCACCUGGCCCGAGGAGAUCGGGGCGCUCAGUAUGAGCAGUGGCUCCAGCCGUGCCACGGAGCGGCGCGAGACCCUGAUAGCCCCCAACCUGCCCGGCGCCACCGGACUACACAACCUCGGGAACACGUGCUUCAUGAACGCUGCUCUGCAGUCGGUAUGGAACACGGGUCCCUUGACGCGGUACUUCAACUCGGGCAUGCACCUGUACGAAGUGAACACCACCAACCCGCUCGGUACCAAGGGAGUACUGGCACUGCGCUACGGAGAGCUGUGUAAGGAGGUGUGGUCGUGCUCGGCGCGGUCGGUGGCGCCGCUGCGCGUGCGCUGGUGCGUGCAGCGCUGGGCGCGCGCGCUGGCGGGCGGCGGCCAGCACGACGCGCAGGAGCUGCUGGCCUGGCUGCUGGACGCGCUGCACGAGGACCUCAACCGCGCGCCCGCGCCGCGCCCCGCGCCGCCCGCCGCGGACUCGGCGGGCCGCGCCGACCGGGAGGUGGCGGCCGAGGCCUGGGCGCAGCACACGCAGCGCAACGCCUCCAUCAUCACGGACCUGUUCCUGGGCCAGCUCAAGUCCAAGGUGCAGUGCGACACGUGCGGCCGGGACUCCGUGCGCUUCGACGCCUUCAACAUGCUCAGCCUGCCGCUGCCCAUGGAGUCCUACGUCUGCUGCGAGAUUAGAGUAAUGUUACUGGACGGGUCAGUGCCUAUAAAGUACGGAGUCAGGGUGAACUCGGAAGGCACGUAUUUGGAUCUCAAGAAAAAGUUAUCGGAUUUAUGUGGACUAGCACCUGAAUCCAUGCUAAUAGUGGAGUUGUCGGGCGCGAUGCUGGGCCGCGUGUUCUCGGACGGCGCCAAGAUCUGCGCGGCCAGCGCCGCGGAGCUGUUCGCGUACGAGGUGCCGCGCGACGACGCCGACGCGGACUGCAGCGACUGCGACGACUACACGCACGAUACUAACGGCUGGGCGGCGGAGUCCCCGGCGUGGGCGGAGGUGAGUGUGGGCGGCGGCAAUACUUCCUCACUCUGCAUGCCAGCACUCUUCUGCUUCAAGCGCUCGAGAUCGGAAAUUCUUAUGUCCCAGAGUCCGCCGAGCACGCUGUACAAGCACGCCGUGUUCUCGGACGUGCCGUCGCGCAGCAGUACGCUGCCCCGCGAGCGCCGCGAGCCCUCGCCCACCGCCAGCGUCAGGUCGCUGACUGCCAGUCCCCGCAGCCCGCGCCUGCACAAGGUCAAGUUCGGCUCCUCGCCCUCCAACAUGUGCCGCCUCGACGACACCAGGGACCCGCCCGCUGGGAAGAUACAGUACCUCGUGGCUGUGCAUAGGAAGCAGACGCGGUCGGACGCGUACUUCCUGCCGUGGCAGCGCAGCCGCGCGUCGGUGUUCGGCGUGCCGCUGGUGGUGGGCGCGCUGGGCGGCACGGGGCGCGAGCUGUACGCGCGCGUGUGGCGCCAGCUGGCGCGCCUGCUGUCGGCGCGGCCGCGCGCGCCCGACGCGACCCCGCACAACCACGCCACGGACUGCGACGACAGCCUGGGCUACGAGUUCCCGUUCCGCGUGCGCCUGGUGCGGCGCGGCGCCGCGUGGUGCGCGCGCUGCGCCUGGCCCAAGCUGUGCCGCGGCUGCGCGCUGCCCUCCGACGACACGCCGCUCACUCACUGUGGUAAACGUCGCCGCAGUAAGCGCUCCAGCGUAGCCCCCACCACAAUAGACGGAGACGUCCCCAACACCAACUCUCCCGUCGCCAAGAACAAACUCAACCGACAUGCGGCCACGCGGUUAUCCGCUGAUAUGUCGGGCGAGUGCGAGAGCGGCGAGGUGGGCGCGGGCGAGCUGAGCGCGCUGCUGGCGGGCGCGCGGCGCGGGGACCUGCUGCUGGCCAUCGACUGGGACCCCACGGCGCUGCACCUGCGGUACCAGUCCACACGGGAGAAGGCCUGGGUGGAGCACGGCUCCGUGGCGGCCUGCCGGGCCGAGGCAGCCCGAGCUAUCGACCUGGCCAGCUGCCUGCGCGCCUUCACCAGCUGCGAGCGCCUGGAGCAGCGCUACCACUGCGCGCACUGCCGCAGCGCGCAGCCCGCCACCAAGAAGCUGCAGAUAUGGAGGCUGCCGCCCAUACUCGUAGUCCACCUAAAACGAUUCCAAUAUGUGAACAACAAAUGGAUCAAGUCACAGAAAGUAGUCAAUUUCCCGUUCCAAGACUUCGACCCCACGGCCUACCUAGCGUCAGUACCUCAGGAGACCAUACUCAGGCAUACAGAGAUACUCAACUCGAAGCGAAGGUCCUCAGUGUUCGUGGACGACACCAUAUCGGAGUCGGACAGUGAAGACGACGAGAGUAAUGUGCAGCAGAAGGUUCAGAGGCCAAAGGUGGAGAGGAAGCGGAGGAGUUCUGUGGAGGUGAAAGGGAGGGAGAGGUUAGAGUCGACGAGCUUGGUGACGACGCCGGUGACGGACGACAACCUGAUAGACUACCACGGGCACCACUUACUGCCGGAGCAGGACCCGUUCGACCUGAAGUACCGUCUGUACGCGGUGGUGUCCCACUCGGGGCAGAUGAGCGGCGGGCACUACGUGGCGUACUGCCGCAACCCGUCGGGCGCGUGGCUGUGCUACAACGACUCGUCGUGCCGCGAGCUGCCCGCCGCGCCCGCGCCGCCCAUCGACCCCGCCGCCGCAUACCUGCUCUUCUACGAGCGACAGGGACUCGACUACGAGAGGUACCUCCCAGACAUCGCGGGUAAAGAACCAGUAGUGCGAGACGCCGAAGUAUUAGAUCCUGACGAGAACGACCUGAAGAAAAUGUGCUCUAUUAUGUAGGAGUUGUGGCACAUUAUGGCGUGACACUACUCACCUGGUGGCAGAGAGCCACCCUCGUAAACAAUCCAGCUCUGCGGUGUAGUGGGGCUUCUCAGGCUUCUUGAGUUGGUGACAAGGCGACGCGAAACUAACACAGCUGCAGCUAUCAGACUUUGUAUAACGUCCAGAUUUCAGUACCAAAAGCUUAUGUUCUUGUAUUGGUUCGCUUUAAAAAGGUGUAUAUUUGAGUAUUCGCUGUAAUUAUGUACCUUAUAACGUAGUAGAUAAAGUAUGUAUUCGGUUGUUGUCUGGUUAUUUAGAGCAUUUGUGCAGCGUUCGUCACGUCGCCAUUUUGAGCUGUUUAUAUGAAGGUGUAAUGAAAUGCAGUUACAAAUUAUAUGGCCCGAAGAUUCGGUGUAUAGUUUUGUGAAUUUAAAUAAAUAUAAUAAAGAAAAUAUUACAUAUAAACUAUGGAAUAACGUGGUCUGUCUCAAAAUAUGUAAGCUUAUGUUUAAUCCGCGAAGGGACCACAGAAACGCUCAAAAUUUUAAUUAAUUGCAAUUUUUUAUUAAUUUAUUGUUGAGUAAAUUGAGUAUAAUGUAAUCAUUUCAUUGAUUCUUACAAUAUUUUGUAGAAAAUAAUUAAUCUUUAUACUGCCAAGUAUCAUCUAAUUCCAUACUAUUAAAGGUACAAUAGAUGGCGCUCUAAUUGUUGAAAUAAAAAAAAAUAUAUUAAUGAUAAAAUGUCAUCAUCUAUACAUCUAAUCGUAGACGGCUACUCAAAUACCAAAAGUUAUAAACACAAAUUUUAAUUAAUCUAUUAAUUAAUUAAUGUAUUGAAUGUAAUAUUUAUCAAUAAUGACAUUGUUUCAUUUUUUAUAAUUGUUUUUGAUGUAAAAUAAAUUAUGAUGAUGUUGAUUUUUUCGAGCGAGGGUUUGGCGUGAUAUCGCGAAAGAAGAUGGCGGCACAGGAAUUAUAAUUAUACAGGUAUUUCACUGUUAAACUUGAUACAAAUUUUUGGUCAUAGAUAAGUUGUGAAUAAAGCUGAAAGUAUGUAAAAUGAUAUUUAUUGCACAUACAUAGAAUACAUACGAAUUGACGAGUUUAAUGCUUCGGGUAUUCUUUAACAAUCAAGCAUUGGGUGCUGGAGAUUUCUUCAAAUAAAAUUCUCGUUGAAAUGCUAUAAAAAUUCAUAAUACAAUUAUAAUAUUUGUUUUUCAUAAAUCAGAAGUUAAUUUUCUUUAUCACGUGUUGACAGUGAAGUAUCUGUAUUAUAAUAUAAUCUGUGUCCAAGCUCAGGGUAUCGUUACAGAGUUUUGUUAGUUAUUAUGAUUGUGUAGUUGUAAUGCAUUCCUAUUGUUGGUUCUAUAGCGUUGGAGCUACAUGCAGGUCUGUGCGGUCGGAAGCUUUAUAGCUAAUCAGUGUGUGAGACAAAUGGUGUUUAAGCGAUAGAAAACUUCUCUUACAAAAAAUAACUUUUGAUUUCUUCCGUUGCGGGAUCCGAGACAGUAAUUCAUGUCCCUGUGAAGUGCUGGUAUAUUUCGGUGUUUUCAUGGUUGUAUACUGUAGAUGCUGGCUUACAGAAGUUGCAGCAGUUUCGUAAUGUUGUGGCUGGUUUGUGUCAUACAAAUUUCAAAAUUUACGUAUGCCGAUAUCAGGCUUUGUUUUGAAGAUUCUGUCGAUAGUCAAGCGCUUAAAUACCAUUUGACUCAUAACACAGAGGGCAUACUAAUCUAUAUUAGUUUAUAUAAAGUUGGCAUUUAUCUCAGUAUUCCAUCUUGUUAAACUAAUGUCGAUAAGUAUGUCCUGAUAUUUUUAUUAUGUUUUUAUUAUAUGAAGUUUGGCAACGCGUCCCUGUAAAUAUAUGAUGGUUGGACUAACCAGUUAAAUGGGUCUAGUGUCACUGUGUCACUGUGUCACUAGUGUGUGUCAGAGUCAGGGCAUGUGUGAUAAAGUGAUAAUUGUUUUGUUAUUAUUCAAUUUGUUUGUUGUAUUCGUGUCUGCUUAGUGUUUGUUGGUGAGUAACGUGCGAUGGGAAUGUCAUUUCUAUACACUGGGCUCUGGGAUGCUUAUUUGAACUUUGCCUCGUUAUAAUAAGGCUAUGUUUUGCUAUCUGGUUGAAUUUCUGGUAGUCUAAUUAGUAGGGAAUUUGACAUGAAAUAUGUGUCGGAUAAUCUAACGGAAAGUUAUUCAGUUUUUAUGAAAUCGGCCUUAAAUGUUACUAAAAAUCCUUUGGUAAAUCAAUAAUUAAUUUGUAAGUAUUCUCAGUGUAUAGAAAUGGCAGUAUCCUGUGUCGCAGGCUACGGCCGCGUUGUCAAGCCUGAGUACUGGCGGCGGAGUGUCGCGCCGCGGUAACAAGGAGACUGAUGUGAUGUAAUAAUAAACGUGAUGUGCUAUAUUUUACUCAACGGAAUAUUUUCUAUUUAAUUACUAUUAUUACUGUAGAUAGUCGAGCCUCACGCGUUUUGUACCAAACACUUAAUUAUCUCAGUUUUAGUUUAUUACUCUGUCUUAUGAUAGCUAACGAAUGUUCUAUACCAAAAGAAACUUAUAAAAAAAACAAUAAUAUUCAUUUCAAUUUGGUACAAAACACGAGGGGCACAAUAAUGAAAUAAUAUAUUCUUCUAGCGCGAAACUAUUUAGUGUUAUAUACGUGUUAUUGGCUGUUUUAUGUUAAUGCGAUUAGUUUUAACCGAAAACGGUCGAUAUGACCACUGGACAGUUACUUGUGCGCGAAGAGAACGAAUAUUUAACAAAGAAACACUGUUACUUGUAUGCGCAACAUUUGCGCAAUGGUUGCGCAUCGGUCCUUGUUUUGCGCACAAGUGACUGGCCAGUAUCACGCGAGCUUCAGCAUUCAGAGAGCUCACUAUAAACUAUGUUUUUGUAAUUAUCGUACGGCUUAGGGCACAAUGUCGUGAUGCUUAAUAAAUUCUAGUGAGAUACGAUAUAUAAGUAUUAGACGUAUAUGUUUAAGUAAUAUAUUAUUAUUAUUGAUAUUAUGAGCCGGUGUGCACGAUCCUAGUUAAUCAUUUUAUUAUAAUUUGUCUACAUUUUAUUCGAAAUAAUUUAAUGAAAGUAGCUUUUAUAACGCGACAUUAUGAGUUAGCGAUGUUGGCUACCGAUGUGCCGGUAGUGUGAGCCGGGGCUAGUAGUGUGGUCCGUGGUGUUUAGUCGAUAUUUUAUUUAUUCGAUCGUGUGCACCAUAUUAUUGUUAAUGGGGGAAUCUGAGUGUUUGUGUCGCGGCUGUGUAUGUAAGUAGCCGCGCCAGCGCCCCCGCGGCCGCGGGUGUCCGUGCCAUCGAUCGAGUUUCCUUUCCACUUCUAUACCAAAGCACUCUCCUUUCCCACUUUGUUGAAGCUUUAGUAAACAUACAACGACUUCACUCGGCGAGCAAGAAACGAACAGUUUCGACGUCUCGCAAGCUUUGUAGGUUAUGUAUGGCGCUGUAUUGUACUGGUAUUCGUGUACCAAUAACACGGUUGCGUUGGGUGUAAAAUCAAUUUGUUAUAUCCAAUUAAGUAUUUUUGAAUAUCCCUGUGCAAUAAAGAAUUUCUUUUGUAUGUA